AUGAUCCUGAUGUGGUCGUCAUCCCGGAUCGGUCGCCGAGUGGCCUCCGCGUUCGUAUGCGGCCGUCAGCAGCUUCACCGGCAGCCCCAGUACCAACCACAACUCCAUCAUCAACAGCAUAAUCUACGGUAUUCCUCAACGGCAGACGGAGCGGUGGCCGCGCCGUUGCGUUGCACCAAGAAAAAAUCUGAUCGGGCGCCGUCCAAGCACUUGGUGGACGAGAAGACUGUCCGUGCGUUCGGUGGCCGUGGCGGUGAUGGGCGCGUGUCGUUCAUGAAGCUUUUCGGCAAUGAGAACGCAGGCCCGGAUGGCGGUGACGGAGGUAACGGCGGCCACGUGGUAUUCCGGGCUGCCGAGAACGUGACCGGGCUAGGGCACGUAUCCGUUGAGCUCAGGGCGCCCCCAGGCGAGCGUGGCUACAACAAAGACUGCCACGGAAAGUGCGCCGGUCACGAGUACGUGGACGUGCCGGUUGGCACUGUGGUCAAGGAUGGCGCCGGCCGGGUGGUUGGCGACCUGAGCCGGCCGGGCGUCAUGUUUGUGGCGGCCAGGGGCGGGGCGGGUGGCCACGGGAACCGUUACUUCGCCACGGAUACGGAGCAGACGCCCGAGGUGGCCGAAUUGGGAGGCGCGGGUGAGGUACUCCGGUACACGCUAGAGCUGAGCAGCAUCGCCGAUUUCGGGUUGCUGGGAUUUCCUAACGCGGGCAAGAGCACGCUGCUCCGAGCCAUCACCCGGGCCCGACCUAAGGUUGCUCCGUACCCGUUUACCACGCUCCAGCCGCACUUGGGAGUGGUCCGGUACGGCGACCAAGAGUCAGUGGCCGUGGCUGAUCUGCCUGGGCUCAUCGAGGACUCACACCGAGACCGCGGCCUGGGCGUGUCGUUUUUGCGGCACGUUCAGCGGUGCACCGCGCUGCUACUGGUCGUCGACCUGUCUGCGCCCGAGCCAUGGACGUACGUGGAUGUGCUCCGGCACGAGGUCCGGUGUUUCUCGGCCACGGUGCUCGACCGGCCGCAGCUGAUCGUCGCCAACAAGGUGGAUGUGGACGGCGCUCGAGACAAUCUAGCUGAACUCAGGCGCCGGUUGCCCGACGACGAGAUCGUCGAGAUAUCCGCCAAGCACGGUGUCAACUUGGAGCGCCUGCUGAAGCACAUGAAGCGAGUGUACGACCAACGGCGCAUAUCUGCAGAAGCGGACGCCGCCGCCGCUGACUUAGACUAG